AUGGUCAUCUUCGCUGCAACUAUGACUGCUGUAGCCCUGUUGUCGAGCUAUUCUGUAGCUCAGGCUCAACAUGUUGCCAAGCCACUUCCUUUUGAUGGCCGUGCUCAAGACGUGAACCUCGAAACGGUCUCAAACAAGUACUCGACGCACAUCUUCACUAUGCGCAACAACAGCGCUUUGACGGUCAAAGAUUAUCUGACGAUUGAUCCAAACUGUCGAAACCCUGCGUACAAUGGUGACACGGGCGUCUUCAAAAUCGGAGUUGACGGAAAUGCAAUUUUCAAGUCGCAAUUUAACUUUCGUCGCACAGAAUUGGCGCAAUUUAUCGAAACCAAUAAAGCUGGCGUAACCUUCUUUCGCUUUAGUAUAAUGAAAGAAGAGCCUUUCAUCAACUUAUACGCCUGGGAGAUGGUUUUCGAUGAGCAUCAUUACUUUGAUUUUCGAGUGGAGACGAAGUUCAAUCCACCCGUGAUCUCUUAUGUAAACAGUGGUACUUUCGAGUAUCCAGGGUGGGUGUCGAGAUGGAACACCACGUUCGUGUACGGCUCGUGGUACAACUUUGGCGUGGCACUUCAGGCUGGCCCGUCAGGAAAGGGUCAUGUAAUUGAUAUGUACAUGAGCGAGGGCAAUAAUGAUCUUGAACACAAGACCACUCAUUCGUAUGAGGUGGAUCUUCCGGACGACAUUGAAUUCCACUUAGGUCUGUUUACAGUGGCGUUGGAUGGUAGUCAGCCCCAGAUGAACGAGAAACAAGACGUUAUAUCCAUCAGCGGUGUGUCCGUGUCAAAUGAAAUAUCGACUGCGGCUACUUGCAGCUAA